AUGUCGGGGCCCAAGGCAUCUUGGGAAGGCGGCCCCGAUGAGUUCAAAAUGCUUGAGGGCGCCAUGUCUGAGGCGUAUCUCAUCUUGCACGGCCCUCCGGAUCUGCCUGGGGAUGCUGAGAUCCUCGGUGUCUGCGGGGUUUCGACCGAGAAUGCCGACCAGAACAAAUACGGUUGGAUGGUUGCCGACUUCCUGCACUGGAAGUUGCUGCUCCACAACCUCGGCGAGAAGGCGGCACAGACCUGGGCCAGCUCUCUCAAUAUUUCAAAGUUCCUAGAUGAGAUUGACGGCGUCGAUAUGGCCGACGACAAGAUAGUCGAUAUUAUUGGUAGGCACGAGGACGACAUCAUGGCGAUGCCAAACGAUAGCGACGGGUUCGUGGAUACUUUCCUACGGCGCCUGGCCGAGAGCGCCCAUGCUGCCGUUUCCCGGAGAACCGUACUGGCCGUCAUGGUCUUUGCCCCGGUCACGCCGGAGCAAGAUAUAUGUGUCAACCUCGACAACAAGCAGACCUACCUAACGGCGGACCGCCUCUACCGCAUUGUCAACGAAGCCGUCGGUAACGUGCGGCUUCCAAUCAUGCUCCUGACUCCUUCUCCAUUCACGGGGGGCUGGUCAUGCAGAUCGAUGAACCCGCCUAUGUGUCCCGGUUCCGACCAGAUGAUGCGCAUCAUUGCAAAGUCGUCCGGGGGCGCUUUUGCUCGCCGCUUCAUCCGCUCUUUUACCGAGCGAAACUCGCCUUUAAUGACCGACUCUCAGCGGAAAGGCAUCCCGUUUGACGACCCGAUGCCCCUUCGGCCCACGGCGCUGCAAACUGACUGUCUCCGUCACUUUCAGCGCCAAAUCCAUGAGUCGUUGGAGCAUCGGUUCUCGGUCUUUGCACAAGACCAUGCCUUUAUCCUCAGCCCUCUCUCCGCCCGAGAUCCCUCUGUUUUCUCAGACACAUGGGCGGAAUAUGGUCCAAGGCGAGGGCUUCGCUUCGAACACUGGGCCGAGCGUUGGAGCUCAACCCGUCCCGACGUCGACCACCCCCGGCGGUUCGAGUUCCUUGGAGAAGCAUUUGGCGGUACUAGGGAGUCUCAACUAUUCCACCUGAACCACCUCAUCAAAACCGAACUGGAAACUAAUGUGGGCGACUGGGACCGCCAGGUCGGGGGUUGCACGCGUGAGCUUUACGUCGGUUUUCAGAAAUCCCUGACGCCAACAGAGGACGAAGCCAAGCGUGCCUUCGACGCCCUUGAGUUCCGCGCGUCUUCCGCAAUAGUCGCGCAGAUGGUUGUCAAAGCUUUCGGUCUCCCGUUGCCCGACGGAUUCAAAUGCCGUUACUGGCCUGACAAGAUGGAUGGCGUGAAUGACGAGCAUUACCGGAAACUCCAGUACGCCUUUGGCGAGGCCCAUUCACUUUUUGAUCAGGCUGCUGUACUUCCUAGCGAGAAUCAACACCAGUUCAAAAAUGUGCGGUUCCUGAGGGCAGCGCGCUGGCUCUCGGCUUCCAUCGCCUCGCGGUUCGUAAAUGGUUCUCGCGAGGACAUCGAGGCAUUUGUGUGCCGGGAUGUUACUCGGUUCAUCACCAAAAUCCAGGACGCACAGAAGGCUUUGCUGUUGGAGGAUCAAGCUGUCAGACGUGCUGGGUUGGAUUGGAUUGCUGCCAUCGGCUUGGGCGGACAAACUCCUGCGGCGGAUGAAACUGGCCUCACCGACCAAAAUUCCCCGGGUUCCCGACUGGAUGCCCAAGCUGCGCCAUGGUCGCCCGAUAUGGCUGGGCAAACGCAGCACCAAGAGACGACUGCAGUGACACCGUCCACAGAGGCAGAGGGUAGCAUCGCCCAGAGCGACAUGAAGCAGGCUGCCGAGGACAAUCUUGAGUACCCCGACACUCAGACUGCGGUCGACGACCGGGUCGGUCGGACUUGGGGCCCGGUUGGGACUCCGGACUGGACAGACAAACCUGAGAUGGAGUCCACGGCUGAUAAUGGACUUGAUUCACUCAAGCUUUCCCCUGUCGCCCCCGAAGUCCCCGCGUUGAACUCUCAGCUCAACGGCACCGACAAGGAGGUUGGUUCGUCUUUCGUCAGCAGCAGUUUGCCCAUUCAGAAAGAGCCCGGCAACAAUGCCACCGCUUGGGAGACGGUCACCAGCGUACCCGCCUCCUCCUUCCUUGACGUUGAUGACAACGCUAGCGCCUGGGACAAGAUCCUUAACCCCCCUAUUGCCUCCAACGGUGGCCAGGAGAAGAAGGAAGCCCCGAUUGCGUUCCAGGAGUCUGAAAAUCUCCUUGACUUGGAAGAAAAGAGCGUGCCUGAGCCUGCUACACCGAUCCGGCCGGAGCCUGCUGCUGAAUCGUCACUCCAACAAGCACUGGGACGUCUGGCUGAGUCGUUGACGGCGGUGGCCGGCGAGAUGGGCGCCUCGGGAUGGAAUGAGACUGAGUAUUUGGCUCGAGUCUUUAAGAAGGUCGCAGAGACCAUAGAAGAAGAUAAAGAUGGGAUGGCUUUUGGCUCGAAGACCAUGCCCUCGGCUAGUGAGACGACCUCGUCCCAUAGCCAUGCAAGCUUCGGUGUCAACAAGAAUCACGGUACCAGCUCGAAAUGGCUCGACGCUAUCUCCUGGCGCUUACCUCAGGCUACUGCCAAAGGUAACGAGGAAGCGAAAACUCCCUCUGUGUCUUCUGCGGCUACCUCCUGGCGCCUUAGCCAAGGUGGUACUGGCAAAGAUAGAAGCAAAGUGGCUACCUCGUCCAGCAUCCUCGACGUCUCUCCCGAGAUCACGGAUGGGCACCCAGACAUGGGCUCCUUCAACGUCCAGAAGGAGUCCUCGGCCAAGCAGAACCCCGUGCAUGCCAACAUGUCGGACAUGCAACCCGCCGCAGGCAUGGGAUCUUCUGGGGCGUCUACGGAUAACACGGAGAGUGCCCGGCCGGCUCCGGCUCAGGCCGCCGCCACCGACAACCAACUCGAUGAUCAUCAGGAGGAUGAAUCGAACUUGGCCUGCGGCAACACCUUCUGGGCUCGCGCCGGGUUCAAAUUUUGA